UUCCUCCGGUAACGUCUUCAGAAGCAGACGUGAAGGCGCCUUCCACAACACAUCCAAUAUAAAAGCCCACGAGGAGUUGAUCUUGUUUAAGUCUACUUCGAAUGUGUUUGUCUUGGGAAACACAGUACCGAAAAUGAAGGGUCUUGUACGGCUUUUCUGGGCAUUAAUGGCGGGAACCUGCGCCAUUACACAUCUGGUCCAAGCUCAAGAUCAACAGGGAUUCAUCAAUUUGGAUUGCGGGUUACCACCAAAUGAGUCUCCAUACACGGAAACUUUUACCGGUUUAACGUACACAUCAGAUGCCGGUUUCAUCCGCAGCGGAAAAACCGGUAGGAUCCAGAAAGAUUUCGGAGGAAACAUCCUGAAACCGUACACAGUUCUGAGAUACUUUCCCGACGGGGUACGGAACUGCUACGACCUGAGUGUCGUGCAAGACACGAAUUAUUUGAUCUACGCUGUAUUCGUAUACGGAAACUACGAUGGUCGAAACAGUUCUCCGAGAUUCGAUCUAUAUCUCGGCCCCAACCUGUGGACAACAAUAGACUUGCAGAGAGGAGACAGUGUGAGGGAGGAGAUCAUUCACGUCUCAAGGUCGAACUCUUUGAGUAUAUGUCUGGUUAAGACAGGGACAACUACUCCGAUGAUCUCAGCUUUGGAGUUACGGCCGUUGAGAUACGAUACGUAUGUUUCUCAAGCUGGUUCUUUGAAGACCCUGUUCCGCAACUAUCUCAGCCAAACACAGAACUUUCUUCGGUAUCCUCAGGAUGUCCAUGAUCGUAUCUGGUUUCCGUACUCCCAAACGGAUUGGACGUUGAUAAAUACAACUCUGAAUGUAAAGGACUCUGACGGUUAUGAGCUACCCCGAGCUGCAACGGUGACCGCUGCCACUCCGGCCAAUGCUACCGAGCCAUUGACCAUCAUCUGGAGCUUGGAUACCCCUGAUGACCAAGUUCAAGUGUACCUUCACUUCGCGGAGAUCCAAGACCUGCAAGCCAACGAAACCAGGGAAUUCAGCAUUUCGGAGAGCAACAAACUCUAUGAAGAAAAUUACAGUCCGAAAAAGUUGGAAAUGGAAACUCAAUACAACUCGUUGCCCGCUAAAUGCGACGGAGGGGUAUGCCGUCUGAAGCUGGUUAGAACUCAGAGAUCGACCCUUCCUCCCUCUUUGAACGCUAUCGAGGUUUUCUCGGUGAUCGAGUUUCCGCAGUCGGAAACUGAUCAAAACGAUGAUGCUGCAAUGGAGAACAUCCAAGCUGCUUAUGGAUUAGAUAUCAUCGGCUGGCAAGGAGAUCCAUGCGUCCCUAAGCAGUUCAUGUGGGAUGGUUUGAACUGCAGUAUUCCCGAUAUGUCUACGCCACCCAGAAUCGUUUCUUUAGACUUAUCUUCCAGAGGAUUAAGGGGAACCAUAGCACCAAGCAUCCAAAAUUUAACCAAACUUCAACAACUAGACUUGUCAAAUAACAAUUUGACUGGAAGAGUUCCGGAGUUUCUGGCCAAUAUGAAGUCAUUGUUGGUCAUAAACUUGAGCGGAAACAAUCUCACCGGUUCAGUUCCUCAGGUCCUUCUUGAUAGAGAAAAGGAAGGGCUGAAGUUAAAUGUUCAAGGAAACCAAAAGCUUUGCGUUUCCUCGUGCAAAAAGAAAUUCCCGGUCGCGGUUGCUGCGUCAGUUCCUGCAGUGGCCGUUAUAAUAAUUGUAUCGGUUAUCGCUUUCGUUUUCAGAAAGAGAAAGAGAAAGACUUCCAAUGAUAAAGCUGAACAUUCAUUUAAACGAUCAUCACUUGGUACGAGAAAGAGACGAUUUACUUAUUCAGAGGUAACGUCGAUGACGAAGAACUUUGAAAGGGUGCUUGGGAAAGGAGGGUUUGGUGUUGUCUAUUAUGGGUUUCUGAAUGAUGCUGAACAAGUAGCCGUUAAGGUGCUCUCUCAAUCAUCAGCUCAAGGCUAUAAGCAAUUCAAAGCAGAGGUCAAGCUUCUUCUGAGAGUUCAUCACGUAAAUUUGGUGAGCCUCGUCGGGUAUUGCAAUGAAGGAGAUCACUUGGCACUCAUCUACGAGUACAUGGCCAAUGGGAACUUACAAGAACAUAUGUCAGGAAAACAUGACAGAUCUGUUUUGGACUGGCCAACCAGACUAAGAAUAGCUUCCGAAGCCGCACUAGGGUUGGAGUACUUGCAUGUUGGAUGCAAGCCACCGAUCAUUCAUAGAGACGUGAAAAGUGCGAAUAUAUUGCUGGACGAGAACCUCCAGACCAAGCUUGCCGAUUUUGGGCUCUCAAGAUCUUUUGCGGUUGGGAAUGAAUCGUAUGUUUCGACUGAUGUCGCCGGCACUAUAGGAUACCUUGAUCCCAAGUGUUUUCUAGACAACAGGGUAACAAAGAAGAGCGAUGUGUACAGUUUCGGGAUUGUGUUAUUGGAAAUCAUUACAAGCCGACCCGUGAUUAAGCGUGGCGAUGAUCUGCCCAACAUAGUUGACUGGGUGAGGUCAAUGCUUACGGAAGGAGAUAUCAAGCCCAUCGUGGAUCAAAGCCUGCGUGGAGAUUAUGAAUCUGGCUCUGCAUGGAGAGCUCUUGAACUGGCAAUGUCCUGCGUCGAUCCGUCUCUGGCAGGAAGGCCGAACAUGUCUCAGGUCGUUCGCGAACUGAAAGAGUGUUUUGCACUGUCUGAAAACAUGGGAAACAGAGGGAGUGCCAUCGAACUGAGCAUCAACAUCGACACGGAAACGACUCCCACGGCUCGGUGAUCUGUCCCCCGAAAUCCGCAAGAUAUCUCGUUUGCAAAUGUUGUCAUUUGGAUAUUGUUUCACGUCACAAGCCAGUCAACUUGUUUCUAUGUGUACAGACGGAGCAAAUGAUUCUGUUUCUUGUUGUGUUUUUUCCUUUCUGAUUCAAAUGCUUGUAAUCUUGAUUCUUGGAAACGAACUCUUGUUCCUCGA